UCACUCUAUAAGGCAGGCAUACACAACUGAAUAGUUAAACAGGACAGUGGCAAAGUCCAAUGCAGAGAGAGGAGGCGCUAUUUUUUAGUUUGUGGUCACAUUCAUUACUGCUGCAAGGACAAGGAUCAGAGCCCAGCAAAGAGGGCGCCUUCUAUCUGUGUCUUGCCUCUCGGGAUGUCCAGCAUGGUGUUACUGUAGUGGAGAGGACCACCACUUUAGUACCUACAAACAGUGGCUUGGCCAGUUGAUCACCAUGCCUCGCUUAAGCUUCAGUCCCAACUCAAAGCCUGACUGUAGCCCUGUCUGGCUCAUCUGUAUUCUUCUCUGCCUCUCGGGUGUACACACUCAUGCCAAAGAUGUCCUUAGUGUACCCCAGGAGGUCAACCUGUCAGCCAACACAUAUACACAGCAGCUAUCCAUAUCUUGGUUGGGAGGAGCAGCCACAACGUUUGACCUCAUCAUUCUAAGAACUGAAUUCAAUGAAAUUGUCUUCUAUGAGACGGUGUCUGUGAUGGCAAAUCAGGUGAGUGGUUUGCACCAGUUUACCUGGACCUCAGCGGAACCUCUAGAGUGUACCUCGCUGUCCGUUAAAAUCCGCUCAAGAGAUGGACAGACAACAAGUGAAUGGAGCAACACUGAGAUACUUCAAGGGAAUGAUAUCCCCAGCAAUGAGAAAUUCCAGAUCUACCCCAUCGACAAAACUGUACCUGUGGGGUCCAACACUACCUUCUGCUGCAUUGUGGAGGAGGGGAAGGUCUUUGAUACCAUCCUAUACAAUGGCGCAGUCAUAAACACGACACGACUGAGCAGGCGAAGUUACGCUUCUACAGUGGUUAAUCAGGGGCCAUCCCAGAGCUCGGGUUUCAACAUCAUCUGCUACAACAGCCAAAAGGAGCUGGCUGGAACAGUGUUGUUUGUUGGAUACCCACCACUACCCACUGAUUUUGUGUGUGAGACUCAUGACUUAACCUCAGUUGUAUGCCAGUGGAAUGAUACGCGAAACACACUGUAUGGCAAACGAGGAACACGCUACUCGCUGAACAACAGGGAUUGUCCACAGAGUAAUCUGUGGCAGCAAAGGAAACAGUGUAUUUUGUCCCAGUGGGAGGGUAACUUUACACUGGUAGCUGUGAAUCCUCUCGGCCAUUACAGUCUCACUGACUCUGCUAAACUCAGUCACAGAGUGCGUCCAGUGGCACCAACCAUACAGAACUCUGUCGUCCAAGCCUGGAACGCCACUGUGCAGUGGCAGUGGGAGUACAGUACCUAUAACAACUGGGCUCUUGUCUGUCAAGCGGAGCUUACCUGCCAUGGCUCCAAAACAACUCAUACCUUCUCUGGUGUGGGUCUGCACUCUGUGUUUUUAUCGGACCUUUACCCUGAUGAGGAUUACAGUGUUAAGAUCCGCUGUGGUGCCCAGGAGAAUUUCUGGAAGUGGGGAAACUGGAGCGAACCAUAUGACUUCAAAACCAGAACAUAUGCUCCAGAUGCUCCUGAUGUGUGGGUGUGGAUGAACAAAGACUACACUGGGCAAGUCAUUUGGAAGCCUCUGACACGAAGACAGAGCCACGGCCAGAUCACAGGUUAUGAAGUCACUCUCUUAAUAGAAAAUGGACAGCACACAGACAUCUUUUCACCAGACACUACUGCUGCACCAGUCAACCUCACACAGAUCGCUGCCUCCAGCAGUGGCAGCAUGAUCAUUGCAACAGUCGUCGCAAAGAACACUGAUUGGCUUUCUCAGCCUACAAGUGUAGUUAUACCUCUACGUUCGACAGAUGUGGAACCUCAGGCUGUGCCCAGGGCAGUUUUUGUGGACGGAGGUUUCCCCCUGUUCUGGCAGAGCGAUGCUAACACCACCUUUGGUUACGUGGUAGAAUGGAAUGAUGCCUUCUGCACGCAGAACUGCCCUGUGGAGUGGAUUAAGGUGGCCGCUGGAAACACUAAUGUCACGGUUGAGUCAGCCAACUUCCAGCAGGGUGUGAGGUACAACUUCUCCCUGUACAGCUGCUCCUCAGAGGCCCCAGAGCUGCUGCAGCGCUGGCAGGGAUACAUGCAUGAGCUGGUCCCCUCCUCCUCUGUCCUUCUGUCAACCAGUCAGCAGGGCUCUGAUGUUCUCCUCACCUGGGGAGAGAUCCCACUGGUCAAUCACAGAGGUUUCCUCCUGGGCUACAACAUUUACAACAGCACCGGCUCCGACCUCAAACUUCUAGCCAAUCUGCCAGACCAAGAAAGCAGGAGCUACACAGUAAAAGGAGUCACUGAGGGCUCCCAUAAAUUUACUGUCAAGGCCUACAACUCAGCAGGCGAGGACUCUGGUGCCACUGCCUCCAUAACGCUUGAGCCAUACACUGAUUGGCUGAUCCUGGAAAUCUUGGUUUCUCUGGGAAUUACAGCUGUAUUCCUCGCCAUUGUCACUUUGGUUUGCUACAAGAAAAGAGAAUGGGUGAAAAGGGCAUUCUAUCCAGACAUACCUGAGCCCAAGCUGCCUGGUGAUUGGUCCAGGUCACAGGGGCCGUUGGAUGUGAAGCCGUCUUCCCACAGUAUCAUCCAUAUUGUAGAAAAGCCUGAGUGGGAUUCUAGUAAAGAAGCACUUGUCGUCAUUCCAGAGGAAGAUGAGGAUGAAGAUGAGCAGGGGAUGGGAGACGAGCCAGUCGACACAGAUGAGCCAACGUCAUUGCGCUACUACAACCAAGUAGUAGAUGACAGGCCCAUAAGACCACGUUUCCCAGACUCUUCUGCUUCCUCUGCAUCUUCUUUGGAUUCAGGACGCACCGAUGUGACAUACACAGGGAUCCAGACCUCAGGUUCUUCUUUUGUCUUCCAGCUGGAUCCACAGGGUUCCUCUGAGGGCCACCAACCCCAUGCUGAUCUGCCUGUCAGCUGCGGAGGUGGAGGAGGGGGCUACCAGCCCCAGAUGCAAAAUAGGGCCCUGAGUGAUGACAUGGGUCUAGAUUCACCCAAGCCGUUUGAGCCUCAGGCUGCCAGUUCUGGGGGCUACAAACCCCAGAGCUCCUGGCAUUUGGACUCCCCUGUGGAGGCCAGGGAAAGCGGCGACCUGGCACCCUGCCUCGGCUCCCCCACCUCUGUUGCUUCUACUCAGUUCCUCCUCCCUGAUGGGGAUGAGCACACAGAAGAGAAACGACAGGUGCCAUCAGCAGCAGCAAACUGGUUCACCAGUCUGCUGUCAUCCACAAAACCAUGAUAUCAUCUCUGUCUCACUACUAGCAGCCAGACCAGGGGGAGUUAACACAAAACUGUCAUAUUCAUUACUGUUAAGUGUCAUACAAGAAUCAAGGUUAGCCCAUAUGGUCUAGGUACAUACCCCGUUUGAUGUAGCACUACAUCCACACAUUUGCACUUGACAGCAGGUUAAUAAUGCUUUUUAAAGUGUUCUAUUCCAAACAUACAGAAAUACAUAUAUAGUUCAUUUCUCUUUCAUGCAAAUAUCAUAAAUCAAAAUAUGUAUAUUUCUACGUCAAAACAUUUCUACACGGACAACAGAUCUCCUCAAAAUAUUUCUUCAGACCCCUUUUCCACCAUAUUUAUUGCACCCCCUGGCAAUCUGGUGGCUGUUACAAUAAAUCUCCUCACUGCCUUUUCUGUGACACCCUGUAAUGGGCAUUUAGCAAUGGCAUAUCCUGUGUUUCAGUUGAGUAUAUCCAGGUUUUAGCUUGCAUUUCAAAUGUUUUUAUUUUUUGCUAUGUGAACUUAAAUACAAUACAGAAGAAAACUGAAGAUGGUGGUUUUGAUCCAAAGGACAUUUGUUGAAAGAAGUCUAAAGAGGACUGUUUGAAACAGAAGUUAGCUAAAUAGACAGAAAACGUCCCUCUCCUCUCCAGAAAGUAUCCAUGUCUUCUGCUGGUCCGCCAUUUGGGGUAAUCUUGCCUGCUUUAUGACAGCUGAUGAGCUACUUGUAAAGAAGUCAGUCAGUGAAAUUUUAAUUGAAAGAUGCAGUUAUGAAUGAGAGCCGUCAUUAUUUUGUGGUGCUUUCUGUUAUAAGUCUGGAAUUGUGUGGGUGAUGAGCCCGGUGGAUAUACACUGAUAUAAGCUAGAACAUGAAUACAAACUGAUGUAAUUUCAUGACCGAAGACACUAUUCUGUUACUUUUGAGUGUUAUUGUUGCUCUUUUGUCUUCCUUAGCCAGUAGAGAUUUUUUUUUCUUGUUAAGACACACAUUUCACAGUCAGGCCAGUGUAAUUUUUUAUGUUGUAUUGUGAAUCAUCCUCAAAUUGAUGAUUGUUGGUAUUGUACAAAUUAUGAUAAUUAAUUUGGAUGGGUAAUUUAAAUUUUAUUUCACACACUGCCUUACACCUAAAUGUCAUGCAUAAUGAAAAAUAAUUUCUACAGCAAAGCAGUUUAGAACUGAUCAGAAAUGUAUUGCUACAUUUUCCACUGGCAUUUAGUAUAAUGUACAAAAGAUGUCUUUUUUUAAUCAGUUUUAGUAUGUGCUGAAAUUUCAGAACUUUGGUUACAUUGUAAUUUUUUUGGGAUGUGACAAAUGCUUUUUCUUUGGUUGCUUCAUUGUCAAGCCCAGAGAGAUGGCUGAUUUGCUGUGCUUGCAAGUUUGUUUAUUUUUAGGGAGAUCUAAGUCUACGCUACAUUUAAAACUACACCUGUUUUUUUUGUUUGUUUGUUUGUUUUUAAGUGACUAUUUAUCUUUUCAUUUAAAACUUUUCCUGAGGCCACCAUGGGAAUUUUAUGAUUGGGAAAGGGGACCAAGGAGAAAAGCAUAUGUUGAUAUUGGGAAAUACUAUCAUUCAGCUUUUGUUGACAUUGGAGAAAUGGCCAUGUGAAUAUUGGUCGCUUGACCGCACUUUGGCAUCUCUGUAAUGGUGUCAAACACAGGGCACUAAUUGCCUAAGUACACUUCACAUACUCCAUUAACUCUCCACCCAUAUGUACAGUGUGGGUGUUGAGGAUGUACCAUUGUCUGGACUUCCCAAAAGCAUCAUUAUGCAAAUAUUUAUACUUUCUAAAUCAAGUGGUAACCAGGAUGUUUAUUUCAUUGUAUUUUUUCAGUUAGGCCCUGGCUUGCCUUUGUGGCAGCCUGUGGUCUGUUGAUUCUCAGUGCCUCCAGCCAACAAGCUUUAAGUAAAACUACUGUGACCUGAAUGAUGAUUUAGAUUACUAUAAUGGAUGGCUUCACUGAUGAACUCAUAACAGGCAAGCAGUCCUCUUUGACUACUGAGAAAAAUGUAUCCCCCCUUUUAUCUUUAUCUUGUGACACUGAUCUGCAUUUUGACUUGAUUAAUGGGGAAAAAUGGCUGAAAGAAUUUGUCAAAAGCUACGCCUCAUACCAGUCAAACUGAGUAAAACGUUUCAUCAUGGGAGAUCAGUGAUCAUUUUAUGGCAGUGGCAAAGGGUGGAUAUAGUUUUGAGUAUUUAAACAUGGCUGCAGAUUGUUUUCCUUUGAAGCCUGCUUUCUCAAACCAGCAGUGCUUUGGAGACUAACCUAUGAACGCUAUGUGUUACAUGCUUUUAUGUUGAUUUAAAUCAACAAAAUGGCACCUUUUUAAAUUUUUUCUUCAAAUCUUUGUUUUUCUAUGACUAACUGUACAUAAUUGUAAUUUUCUUUCAUUUGUUUCUUUCACACAACACAAAGUUGUAAGUUGUGCUACGAUGGAAAUUAUAUUCUCUAUACUACAACAUGUAGAGUUAAUGUUGACUAACCAGCCUUCUUGAGAGAAUAAAGGCAAGUGUUUGUGUUGAUGACACCAGAUAUAUAGAGUCCUAUGACAUGUAGAGCAUCACACUUUAACUGUAUGUUUGUUGUGUGCUUAAACACAGGAAAACUUUAAAGUGUGUCUGAAAAAAAUCAUGUAAACUGAAUUAGAAUUGUGAUUUUGUCUUAGGAUAGUUUAGCCUGCUUUGCAUUCCUAUCUUAUCACAGCAGUGAUGCUUUGCCAGACACGACACAAGUAGGGCCAGAGUACUCACCAUGCAAACUCAUACGUGGCGACUGCUGACAUGCACGCAUUCAGUCCAUAUUUCUUAUUGGAGUCUAUGUUUACUCUGUAGAGCAUAACGGUUUUGAGGUUUAUACAGCAGGGGACACUUGCUGCCUUAUACAUCUUCAUCUCUGGCCCUAAGAUGUUUUGCAAAAUCAAUGCAUGCUGUAUAAACUAUUACUACAAACCAGUGGCUCGUAAAUCCCAUCAGCUCCAUGUUUACGUUAGCCCAUUGCUUCAAAACACUAACACUGACUAAUGUUGUGCAUGACAACAUGACUGAAGUAUUGUGCAGUUGAAAAAGGCUGUCUUUUAAAAAAAAAUGCUUUAAAAUGUAUGAUAUUUUGCAAAAUAUUUUACUAUGGAUUGAGUGAAAAGAGAGUGAAGUGCUUUUGAGUGAAUGAAUAAAUGUUAACACUAAUAAUACAAACUGAUAUGCUACUUGUUUAAAGGCAAUAAAGUUAUUUGUCUGGCCACUUA